AUGGCGGCGCCUCGUCGCCCUUCUCAGCAGCAACAACAGAGCAUAUCCUCGCCAUCUCGCAGUACUUAUCUUUCCCCCAUUCCUCCGGGAUCUCCUACAGUUCCCGGUGCUGAACUAGACAGCGCCGGUGAUCAGGAGUUAACUCCGGCCUCCCCCGAUAUCCCCGUCCCGGCCCUGAGCAGUAGCACCAGCUCCUCUAACGUUAGUACCACCGGGGGUGGCAUCAGCGCUGGCCCCAGUCCUGACUCAGGCAGCACUAGCCCCGCGGGCGGCGACUGCGGGACAAGCGGGGCUUUCAGAGAGUUGUUUGAAGCCUGUCGUACUGGGGAUGUAUCGCGGGUGAAGAGGCUGGUGGAUACGGUUAACGUCAAUGCCAAGGACAUGGCUGGUCGAAAAUCCACUCCUCUGCACUUCGCUGCAGGAUUUGGGAGGAAGGAUGUUGUAGAGCACCUCCUUGAGACAGGCGCCAAUGUUCACGCCCGUGAUGAUGGAGGUUUGAUCCCUCUGCAUAAUGCCUGCUCCUUUGGCCACGCUGAGGUGGUCAGCCUGCUCCUCUGUCAGGGUGCUGACCCAAACGCCCGGGACAGCUGGAACUACACACCACUCCACGAGGCUGCCAUCAAGGGCAAAUUAGACGUGUGCAUCGUGCUGCUCCAGCACGGAGCUGACCCCAACAUACGCAACACUGACGGCAAGAGUGCCCUGGACCUGGCCGACCAGUCUACCAAGGCUGUACUCACCGGUGAAUACAAGAAAGAUGAACUCCUGGAGGCAGCUAGGAGUGGAAAUGAAGAGAAGCUCAUGGCCCUGCUCACUCCGUUAAACGUCAACUGCCACGCAAGUGACGGCCGCAAGUCCACCCCUCUCCACCUGGCUGCAGGAUACAACCGGGUCAGAAUAGUCCAGCUCCUACUACAGCACGGUGCCGACGUACAUGCAAAGGACAAAGGGGGUCUGGUUCCUCUCCAUAAUGCCUGUUCCUAUGGUCACUACGAAGUGACAGAGCUGCUGCUGAAGCACGGAGCGUGUGUUAAUGCCAUGGACCUGUGGCAGUUCACCCCUCUCCACGAAGCUGCCUCGAAGAACCGCGUGGAGGUGUGUUCUCUGCUGCUGAGCCACGGGGCUGACCCCUCCCUGGUCAACUGUCACGGGAAGAGUGCUGUGGACAUGGCCCCCACCCCAGAGCUCAAAGAGAGACUCGCCUAUGAGUUUAAGGGUCACUCUCUGCUCCAGGCAGCGCGGGAGGCAGACAUGGCCAAGGCCAAGAAGACCCUUGCUCUAGAGAUUAUCAACUUCAAACACCCACAGACCCACGAGACGGCACUGCACUGUUCAGUGGCCUCUCCUCACCCCAAGCGGAAGCAGGUCACAGAGCUGCUGUUACGUAAAGGUGCCAACGUCAACGAGAAGAACAAGGACUUCAUGACUCCCCUACACGUGGCUGCUGAGAGGGCACACAAUGACAUCAUGGAGGUGUUGCAGAAACAUGGAGCAAAGAUGAAUGCACUGGACACCCUGGGGCAGACAGCCCUGCACCGUGCUGCCAUGGCAGGACACCUCCAGACCUGCAGGCUGCUGCUGAGCUACGGCGCAGACGCCUCCAUCCUCUCACUACAGGGAUUCACCGCCUCACAGAUGGGCAACGAGGCCGUGCAGCAGAUACUCAGUGAAAAUGUACCUGUGAGGAACUCUGAUGUAGACUAUCAACUCCUGGAGGCAGCUAAAGCUGGAGAUCUGGACACUGUGAAGACUGCUUUGCUGCUGUCGGAAUGUAAAACGGUUCUCUCUCUCUCCUUGCAGUCAUUGUGCUCUCCACAGAAUGUGAAUUGUCGGGACCUGGAGGGUCGUCACUCCACUCCACUGCACUUCGCCGCCGGUUACAACCGUGUGGCGGUGGUGGAGUACCUGCUGCAUCAUGGGGCCGAUGUCCACGCUAAAGACAAGGGAGGUCUGGUGCCCCUGCACAACGCCUGUUCUUAUGGUCACUAUGAGGUAGCUGAGUUGCUGGUGAGACAUGGGGCGUCGGUGAACGUGGCAGACCUAUGGAAGUUCACUCCUCUCCACGAGGCUGCAGCCAAGGGCAAAUACGAGAUCUGCAAGCUGCUCCUCAAGCAUGGGGCAGACCCGACCAAGAAGAACCGUGAUGGAAACACUCCUCUGGACAUGGUGAAGGAGGGGGACACGGACAUCCAGGACCUGCUGAGAGGAGACGCUGCCCUGCUGGACGCUGCGAAGAAGGGCUGUCUGGCCCGUGUCCAGAAGCUCUGCAGCCCAGAGAACAUCAACUGUAGAGACACACAGGGACGCAACUCCACCCCCCUGCACCUUGCAGCUGGCUACAAUAACCUGGAGGUAGCAGAAUACCUGCUGGAGCAUGGAGCUGAUGUCAACGCCCAGGACAAGGGUGGCCUCAUCCCCCUCCACAACGCUGCCUCUUAUGGGCAUGUGGAUAUAGCUGCUCUCCUGAUCAAGUACAACACGUGUGUGAACGCUACAGAUAAGUGGGCCUUCACCCCGCUCCACGAGGCGGCUCAGAAAGGCCGGACCCAGCUAUGUGCUCUGCUACUGGCCCACGGAGCUGACCCUAGCAUGAAGAACCAGGAGGGACAGGCGCCACUGGACCUGGCUACGGCUGAUGACAUCAGAGCGCUGCUGAUAGAUGCCAUGCCUCCAGACGCCCUGCCCAGCUGCUUCAAGCCUCAGGCCACGGUGGUCAGCUCCUCAGUGGUCAGUACAGCGGUCAUCUCUCCAGCCUCCACGCCCUCCUGCUUGUCUGCAGCCAGCAGCAUAGACAACCUGGCCGGGUCCCUCAGCGAGCUCACUGUGGCUGGAGCCACUGGGCCUGCAGAUGGAGCCACCGGCUCCGACAGGAAGGACAAAGAGACUAUUGUAGACAUGAACAUCAGCCAGUUCCUGAAGAGCUUGGGGUUGGAGCACCUGCGUGACAUCUUCCAGAGGGAACAGAUUUCGCUGGAUGUCCUGGCUGAUAUGGGCCACGAGGAGCUGAAGGAGAUUGGGAUUAACGCCUACGGUCACCGCCACAAACUCGUCAAAGGCGUGGAGAGACUCCUGAGAGGACAGCAAGGUGCUAAUCCGUACCUGACGUUCCACUGUGCCAGUCAGGGUACGGUGCUCAUAGACCUGGCCACGGACGAUAAGGAGUUCCAGUCUGUAGAAGAGGAAUUGCAAAGUACGAUCCGAGAGCACCGGGACGGGGGCAACGCAGGUGGGGUCUUCAGCAGGUACAACAUUCUAAAGAUCCAGAAGGUGGUGAAUAAGAAGUUGAGGGAGAGAUACUCACACAGACAGAAAGAGAUCGCUGAUGAAAACCACAACCAUCACAACGAACGCAUGCUCUUCCACGGUUCUCCAUUCAUCAACGCUAUCAUCCAUAAGGGCUUUGACGAGCGGCAUGCCUACAUCGGAGGCAUGUUCGGAGCGGGCAUCUAUUUUGCAGAGAACUCCUCCAAGAGUAACCAGUACGUGUACGGGAUAGGAGGGGGCACAGGCUGCCCCACUCACAAAGACCGUUCCUGCUACCUCUGCCACAGGCAGAUGUUGUUCUGCAGAGUGACCCUGGGCAAGUCCUUCCUCCAGUUCAGUGCCAUGAAGAUGGCCCACGCCCCCCCUGGACACCACUCAGUAAUCGGCCGGCCCAGCGUCAACGGACUGGCGUACGCAGAAUAUGUCAUCUACAGAGGAGAACAGGCGUACCCAGAAUACCUCAUCACGUAUCAGAUCCUGAAACCAGAAAGCACACCCUCCCCCACAGCCGGAGCAGAACAGAAGACCUAAUCCAGACUCAACCAGACUAACACACACCCACCUUUGCUGGAAGAGAACGAAUCACAGAGACUGUUACCCAAAUCACUACUUCACACAUUCUGGGCUGAGCCGGGAUGAACAUCAGCCCCUUAAAUGAACUCUACACCCCUGGAAGGAUGUCUUUCCUACACUAGUUUUUUGUUCUAUUUCACUGACUAUAAAUGACCGGUUCCUCAUAACCACCACCCUUUAUUUUCCCAAAUGUUUUGUUUUUAUUUUUUCCUUCGUCCUUCUUUAGUGUUUACUUGAAAAUGUUGCCUUCACUGGGAAUUGUCUAAUGUUGUCGCCUGUCUCAGAGCUCAUGCUCCCGGGUCUCUCGCUCAUGGUUGCCACUGGUGAUUGUUGACACUGGUUAAGGCCAAAUAGAGAGAACCAAGCGGAUAAAGUUCAGGUUAGGUUAGAGAUGGGGACUCAAAGCUCAUUGGUUAGCGGUAAGGCUCAGAGAUAAGGACUCUUGCCAGUCUGCCUUUACCUAAAUGAUAGCUUCCCCAGUGAAGCAUGGCUGAGACUCCUCUACUGUGCCUAUCACUCACAUGGAUAUGUAGGUAGAAAUCAGGGUGGAUGUACUAGUAUGCAGUAUACCAGCCUCAAUCCCAGCCCUGUUUCUUCAUCAAGCCUGGCAAGGGAAGAUGGGGUACACAGACCCCAGACCCAGAUCACGCGUGACUGAAAACAACCAAUAACCUCUCCCUUUCUGUUCCAGCACACAAAUAUCAUUUCUUUAGCUCAUCAAACAUUACACUGCAUUUAUCCUAUUAGCUCUGUAUUAUUUUAUUGUGAUAUUUACAUGAUUUACUUUAUUGUUUUAAAAGAUGAUGUAUAAUGGGACCAUGUCACAAUGGGGACCAGACCUGGAGGUUUUUGACCCCUUUGUUUUUUAAAAGUUGAGAUGAUAUAAGAUAUCCCUCUCUGGGACCAUUAGGGGUUCCCUCUCUGGGACAAUUAGGGGUUCCCCCUGUGGGACCAUUAGGGGUUCCCUCCUCUCUGGGACCAUUAGGGGUUCCCUCUCUGGGACCAUUAGGGGUUCCCUCUCUGGGACCAUUAGGGGUUCCCUCUAUGGGACCAUUAGGGGUUCCCUCUAUGGGACCAUUAGGGGUUCCCUCUUAUGGGACCAUUAGGGGUUCCCUCUCUGGGACCAUUAGGGGUUCCCUCUCUGGGACCAUUAGGGGUUCCCUCUCUGGGACAAUUAGGGGUUCCCCCUGUGGGACCAUUAGGGGUUCCCUCUCUGGGACCAUUAGGGGUUCCAUCUCUGGGACCAUUAGGGGUUCCCUCUCUGGGACAAU